CUCCUCCCACUCUUCUGAGUGGAAAGGUCAGACUUGCUGUACAGAGACCACGAUGGCGGCGCUCAGAGUCUUCAUACAGGCGCACAGAUUACUGAUCAAUGGGCAGCAUUCUGCAUCCUGGGCAAGAUGUUGUUGGUUUGCAUCACAUGUCCAGUAUUCAACUGCAUACAAUACAGAGGAGAAGACAUUUGACAAAUUUUAAUUGCAACAGAGGAGAGAUUGCGUGCAGGGUCAUCAAGACAUGCAAGAAAAUGGGUAUAAAGACAGUUGCAGUACACAGUGAUGUGGAUUCUGCUGCGGUUCAUGUGAAAAUGGCGGACGAAGCAGUCUGUGUUGGCCCUGCUCCCACAAGCAAAAGCUACCUCAACAUGGAUGCCAUCAUGGAAGCCAUUAGAAAAACUGGGGCCCAAGCUGUCCACCCAGGAUAUGGGUUUCUUUCUGAAAACAAAGAAUUUGCCCGUCGUCUGGCAGCAGAAAACGUCACCUUCAUUGGACCUGACACUCAUGCUAUUCAAGCUAUGGGAGACAAAAUUGAAAGCAAGCUAUUAGCUAAGAAUGCAAAGGUUAACACCAUCCCUGGCUUUGAUGGGGUGGUCAAGGAUGCAGAUGAAGCUGUCAGAAUUGCAAGGGAAAUUGGCUACCCGGUUAUGAUCAAGGCCUCAGCAGGUGGUGGCGGGAAAGGCAUGAGGAUUGCUUGGGAUGAUGAAGAGACCAGGGAGGGAUUCAGGUUUUCAGCACAAGAAGCCGCGUCAAGCUUUGGAGAUGAUCGUCUGUUGAUAGAGAAAUUCAUUGACAAUCCUCGUCACAUAGAGAUUCAGGUGCUUGCAGACAAACAUGGUAAUACUCUUUGGCUAAAUGAAAGAGAAUGCUCCAUUCAAAGGAGGAACCAGAAAGUAAUAGAAGAAGCACCAAGCACAUUUCUUGAUCCAGAAACUCGGAAAGGAAUGGGAGAACAAGCUGUUGCCCUUGCCAAAGCUGUGAAAUAUUCGUCUGCAGGGACAGUAGAGUUUCUUGUUGACUCAGAGAAGAAUUUCUACUUUCUUGAAAUGAAUACAAGGUUACAAGUUGAGCAUCCCAUCACAGAAUGCAUUACUGGCCUGGACCUUGUACAAGAAAUGAUCCGUGUCGCCAAGGGUUAUCCUUUGAAGCACAGACAAGCUGAUGUCCCCAUAAAUGGCUGGGCAGUUGAAUGUCGUGUCUAUGCAGAGGAUCCAUAUAAAUCAUUUGGCCUACCAUCAAUUGGUCGUCUUUCUCAGUAUCAAGAACCACUGCAUUUGCCUGGGGUGCGAGUUGACAGUGGUAUUCAAGAAGGAAGCGACAUCAGCAUUUACUAUGAUCCUAUGAUUUCAAAAUUGGUUACCCAUGGAAGCACUCGGGCUGAAGCUUUACAGAGAAUGGAACAUGCUCUAGACCAUUAUGUAAUUAGAGGUGUGACUCACAAUAUUCCUUUACUUCGUGAGGUGAUCAAUAAUUCUCGUUUUAUCGAAGGGAAUAUUACAACAAAAUUUCUACCUGAAGUUUAUCCAGAUGGUUUUAAAGGACACAACUUGACAUCUCAAGAGAAAAAUGAACUUCUUGCUACAACAGCAUCAUUAUAUGUGGCUGUACAAAUCAGGUCACGCCGCUUUCUAAAUAACACAAGAGUGCCUAUAGCGAAGAAUGAUUUAAAGAUGUGGGAACUUUCUGUCAUGCUGGAUGGCACUACUCACUCCAUUUCUGUUCGAAAACAGAAGGAUAACUUCUCUGUGGAAGUUGAUGGGACUAAAGUGAAUGUGUCUAGUGAAUGGAACCUGUCUUUGCCUUUACUGUCUGUCAGCAUUGAUGACAUGCUGAAAACUAUACAGUGCCUUAACCGUGAUGCAGCUGGAAAUUUUGGCAUUCAGUUCCUGGGCACAGUGUACAAACUGCAAGUGCUGCCAAAGCAUGCAGCUGAGCUGAACAAGUACAUGCCGGAGAAGGUGGAAGAAGAUACUAGUAGCAUUCUGAGAUCACCAAUGCCUGGAACAGUGGUUGCUGUUUCUGUUAAGCCUGGGGACAUGGUGUCAGAGGGCCAAGAGAUCUGUGUAAUUGAAGCUAUGAAGAUGCAGAACAGUAUGACAGCUGCUAAAACUGCCAAGGUAGUAGCUGUGCAUUGCAAGCCUGGCGAAACUGUGGGAGAGGGAGAUCUACUGGUGCAGCUGGAAUAAAUGCCAUUUACUACAAGACUUUGAUACUUUAAACAUGAUUUCACGUCAACUGUCAUAUAUUCAUGUUUUGAGAUGACAUUCCUACAAAACAGAUUUUCUACAGUUAUAUUUAUUAGAAAUACAAGUGGAAUAAAUAAACAUGAUUAAGAAAUUUUA